AUUGUAAACUAUGGCUCCAUAGCUAAAUUCUUUCUCCCCUCCAAAACUCAUUAAUACGGAGGAAAACAAACAGCGGUGCAAGUAUGGAUGAGAUAGGCGGAGGAGGUUCAGCUUGUGGACACCAUGGGGAGACACUUGAUAUAAAAGAUGAACCAGUAUCUUCAACCGCCAAUUCUGCCUCCCUUUUCACUAUUCCUUUCUGCCAAAAGUUGGUAGCCGAGUUUCUGGGAACAUAUUUCAUGGUGUUUGCAGGGUGCGGGGUGGUGGCGGUGGACGUGGAGAAGGAUCAUGUGAUCGGUCAAGUUGGAAUUGCCAUCGUAUGGGGAGUGGUGGUGAUGGUGAUGAUUUACACCGUAGGCCACAUCUCCGGUGCUCAUUUCAACCCUGCGGUCACCAUUGCUUUUGCCUCUUGCAAGAGAUUCCCUUUAAAAGAAGUUUUUGCAUACGUAGUUGUUCAAAUCCUCGCAUCAACUCUUGCAAGCGGAACCCUACGAUUAGUAUUCAACUGGAAACACAAUAAUCUAGGUGCAACAGUUCCUUCGGGAUCCGACCUCCAAUCGUUGGUGCUGGAAUUCAUUAUUACAUUUUACCUCAUGUUUGUUAUUUCUGGGGUUGCUACCGACAAUCGUGCUAUAGGAGAACUUGCAGGACUUGCCAUUGGAUCAACCAUUUUACUCAAUGCCAUGUUUGCAGGGCCAAUUUCAGGGGCUUCAAUGAACCCAGCGAGGACCCUAGGGCCAGCCAUUGUGUCUAACCAAUACAAAGGCUUAUGGGUUUACAUGUUGGGACCAAUUGCGGGAGCUGUUGCUGGUGCAUGGGCAUACAACGUCAUCAGGUUCACCGAUAAGCCUCUUCGUGUCAUCGUCAAAAAUGCAUCUUUCCUACAACGUAGCAAUGGACAAAAUCGCACUGAUAACAAGCCAAAUUGCAAGUGCCCAGAUGGAUGGACAUGCGCCAUCACCAAAACUGAGCCAUCUAAGAUUGGUAAACCAUUCGCAAUAUGUGAUGGAAGUGGUUGCACCUGUGUCACGUACGUAUUAACUCAAACAGUGGAGAGCUCUGCAGUUGCAGCAGCCAAAGCAUUCUGUGAGUGUGAUGAAGGUUGGUCUUGUGUUGUAUCCAAAUUGACUGAAGGCUCUGAAGCCGGAAAGACCUACUUUGAGUGUGGCGAAGGUUGCAUAUGUGUGGUAGAUGAAACAAACAACGUGAAGGUUGUGUGUGCUUGAGUUUUGCACCAUGUGGUUGAUCUAAGUGAACAAAGGGAAGAAGGAACCGAAAAGACUACACAAAUAUUAUUAUGUUUUUCCUAAAAUAAGCUCCGUGUGUCGUGUAAAAAGUAUGUGAAGUUUGUGUUAAUUUAGCUGCAGUAAUUAUGGUGUGUGUGUGACAAAAGACUCUUUAAUUGGCUUUUCAGAGGUUGAGGAGGAAAGUCAUGGUUUUCCAUCUAUACUAAUAAAUAAAACCCAUUUUCCGUCA